AUGGUGACGGUUACAGGCACGGAAGGUUCUCAUUCAUCGACAUCCUCCGCUACUGGUUAUCAUCAUCCUCGAUCUGGGUAUGUCUUUGGUGUCGGCAAAAACUUAUUCGACAGGUUGCAAGAGGAUCAAUAUGAUUAUCGCAGGAAAAUAAAUAUGUAUUACCCUUUUCAUGAUGAAGGGGAGUGGGAAUUGGCAAGGUUUCUAGUUGAAAACCUGACUCAAACUCAGAUUGACAAGUUUUUGAAGCUAAAAUGGUUUCACACCCGCCCAAGACCAUCUUUCACGUCAAAAGAUCAACUUUUCGACUGGAUUGACGCACUCCCCUCUUUUGUGCCAUGGAAAGUCUCGACCAUGGAGUUUACAGGCUACAAGACAACCUAUCCUUUGCAACUCAUCUGGCGUGAUGCUCUCGAAGUUGUCAAACAGCUCUUUGGAGAUCCCGUUUUCACCAAUCACAUUACUUUUCAGCCACAUGUUGUCAAUGUUUGGGGUCAGCGUGAAUAUGGGGAUUAUAUGAGCACCAAUAUGGCAUGGAAAAUUCAGGACCAUCUCCCAGUAGGUGCUACACAAGUACCGAUCAUCCUGGGAUCAGAUAAAACACCUGUGACACACACUACCGGAGGGCUUGAGAUGCACCCACUCUUCAUUAUGAUUGGCAACCUCGAUUCAGAAGUUCGCUCCAAGGCUACACUACGAGCUUGGCGGUGUAUUGCUUACAUGCCCAUCACCAAGUUUCGUGUGCAUCCUGAUUAUCAGAGCAUUCUGCAAGCACGUCUGUGGCAUAAAUGUGUCGAUCUUGUCUGCGCCAAUCUCAAGAUUGCAGCAAAAAAUGGUUGUUUUAUGCCUGAUCCUUCCCGAUACAUUUGUUAUGUCUUUACACCUCUCAUUGCUCACAUAUGUGACCUCCCAGAGGCUACCAUGAUCGCUACCGUCAGUAAAAAUGCAUCUCCCAUAACUAUGGCGACACAGGCAAAUUUUGGUGAUGGAGUCCUCCAUCCUCCUCCAAAAGCAGUCCAUCUGUCGGGAGUUCACAUGCCAUAUUGGCGCAAUUGGAUGUUCGCAUGCCCAUCUGUCUUUCUCACUGGUGAAGUUUUACAUACCUGCAUCAAGUUUUUUGCAGAUCAUCCGCUCAAUUGGAUCAAGGAGACAGUAGGGAAACCUGAGCUCGAUGCUCGCUUCAUGGAGCACCGAGAUAUCCAAUGCACCAUUGUCGCUUCAAUCGCAGGUGUUGCUCCACCCAGAUUCAUUCGUGCCAUUCACGCCCUUGUGGAGUUCAUCUAUCUUUCGCAGAAUCCAGUUCAUUCUCCUGAUUCCCUACAGUCAAUGGCGCAAGCGCUUUCAGAUUUUCACGUGUUCAAGGAUGCUAUUCUUUGGAGAGUCGAGAGACUGGGCACUUUGAUGCAGUUUUCAGCUGACAUGACAGAGCGCUUACUCAUCACACACUGCAAGCAUCUCUUUGGGCGCACAAACCGGCGAUCCACUGAUUUUACAGAGCAGUGCAUACGGAUCCUCAACCGCCAGGAGUCAAUGGAGUUAUUCAACUUGUAUGCAUUAUUCUAUUCUCGUGGCACGUCACUUGUCAAUACCAUAUGUAUGGAAGAUGAGGAAGUGACAACCGUUAAUCCAGCACUUUCCUGGGUUUCUCGUGUUCUCCCUGAUGAAGCACAUUCUGUUCAUGGACCUCGGCCAGUUCAGAAUCAUUUUCUCAAGGGCAUUCUUUCUGGAGAUGCUCACACUGCUUUCCAUCUGACUUCGACGCCAGAUUACAAGGCUCUGACACCCAUCGCUAUUGAAACCAAAUAUUCACUUCUAUCCCUCCUCACUGGCGAGCAUACCCGCUGGGACCACAAAUACAGACACUUUUGUGCAUGGAACAAAUUCCGACUACAGCUUCACUCUGCUUUCCAGCCACAAGUCAUCAUGCCAAGCAGAGUGAUACAAGCGUACCCACCGAGUGAUGCAUUCCCCCUUGGAAACUGUGACACUGUCCUAAUCAAUGUCACGGAUGAUGGUGGCCAAAGUACCAGUCGUGUUGCACAAGUCCGACUUAUUUUUCAGCCAAAGAUUCCACGGACUUCUGACUUGGUGUUGCCAAUGUUCCUCUCCAGUCCACUCCUCUACGUCCAAUUCUUUCACUUUGUCGCUAAUCCCAGUGACCAUCCAGAACUUGCAAUGUGGACAGUAGAGCGCACAUACACGAUAGACCAACAUGGUAAACAUUGUAGGUGUGGUGGCGUGAUAUCAUUGACGGAUGUAACACAUGCUGUCGAAUUGAUACCAGAAUAUGGUAACAAGGUAGAUGCAAAGAUUUCUUCGGCCACUUGUUUGGAGAGCUAUGACCAGUUUUUUCUUAACAGUUUCGCGGAUAAGGAGAGCUAUCAUACAUUCAGCACAGAGUUUGCAUAG